GAGCAUUGAAUGAGGUCAACUCACCGAGCGCGGCAGAGUCGGCUGUGACGUCACUACGCGGCUUGCCGCGAGCUCGCGCUGCAGGAACGCUGCAGUCCCGCCGCCGUCGACGAAAGGAGGCUACCUUGCGGUGAGGUGACACACCGCAUACUCACCGCGCUCUCUUUGUCGUAGCGGCGGAUUCUAGUCACUGCUUUGCAGCAAAACUCGACGCGGCGCCGACUCGGGGUGAGAAGGCCGUCCAGCAAGGGGCGAUGAUGCUUUUGUUUUUCCACGAGGAGCACUAAAUAGCGGAGGCUGCAGUGCGGCGGACGUCCUGGCCAUGGGAGCCCUGACGAGUAGGCAGAAUGCCGGCGUGGAAGAGUUGGACAUCCCAUCCAAUUCCGUCUACAGAUACCCUCCGAAAUCUGGGAGCUAUUUUGCUAGUCACUUCAUCAUGGGUGGGGAAAAGUUUGACUCAACACAUCCAGAGGGAUAUCUCUUUGGAGAGAACACUGACCUCAACUUCCUGGGCAACAGACCAGUGACGUUCCCCUACGCAGCCCCACCUCCUCAAGAGCCAGUUAAAACUCUCAGGAGCCUCAUCAACAUUCGCAAGGACACCUUGCGCCUUGUCAGGUGUAGUGAAGAGGUUAAAACUCCGCGAGAAGAAGCUGGCAGGAGCCGAAUGUGCUAUAAUGUGGAGUUCACAUUUGAUGCAGAUGCCCAGGUGGCCAUCACCAUUUACUAUCAGGCUAUUGAAGAGUUCCACAAUGGCAUGACAACCUACAUCCCCCAGGACAGCUCCCUGCAGUCUGAAACUGUGCACUUCAAGAGAGGUGUCUGCCAGCAGUUCUGUCUGCCAUCACACACUGUUAUUUUGUCCGAGUGGAGUGAAGAAGAGCUGCUAUUUGACAUGGAGAGGGAUGUUUAUCCUAUGGUGGUACAGGCUGUGGUUGAUGAAGGUGAAGAUCACCUUGGGCAUUCCCAUGUACUACUGGCCACAUUUGAAAAGCACAUGGAUGGAAGCUACUGUGUGAAGCCACUGAAACAAAAGCAAGUGGUUGAUGGAGUCAGCUACCUCCUUCAGGAGAUAUAUGGAAUUGAGAACAAGUACAACACACAAGAAUCAAAGGUGGCAGAUGAUGAGAUAAGCGAUAACAGUGCGGAGUGUGUUGUGUGCCUGUCAGAUGUGCGUGAUACACUCAUUCUUCCAUGCCGGCAUCUCUGCUUGUGCAAUGCGUGUGCUGACACUCUUCGCUACCAGGCUAACUGCUGCCCAAUCUGCAGACUGCCAUUCCGAGCCUUGCUGCAGAUCCGGGCGAUGAGAAAGAAAUCAAGCCCCUUGUCACCAACUGGAUUCAACCCUAUCAUUGCAUCUCAGACCUCAGACUCCGAGGAGCACUCGACAUCUGAACACAUUCCUCCAGGUUUUGAAGCAGUGUCUCUGCUAGAGGCUCUCAACGGCCCACUCACGCCUUCUCCUUCAGCUCCUCCUCUGCACAGCCUCACUGACGGCCACAUCUCUGGGAUGCUACCGUCCUAUGCAAGUGAUGGUCAUGGCUUGCCAACGCGAGGUCUUUCUCCACUGAACUGCAGUAGUGACAGCAGUCAGGCUUUCAAACUGAAGAAAGACUUUUCUGAGUCUGUAUCGCAGAAUUCCUCUGUUCUGCCUGAAGAGGAUGAUGAAAAGUCAAGCAGUGAGUCAGACAUGAGAGCAUGUCAGAGGAAACCUACUGACGACCAAGUGGAGGACCGUGGAUUUACCCCAGAGAGCGAGAACCUCACUCUUUCUUCAUCUGGAGCCAUUGAUCGGUCUUCUUGUACAGGAACCCCUCUCUCUUCCACCAUUACUUCGCCUGAAGAUCCAGUGAGCAGCAGUUUGGCUCAGUCUGUGAUGUCAAUGGCUUCAUCGCAAAGCCAGCAGUCCCAACUGAGCACUGACACCCUCUCCUCUAUGUCAGGUGGAGCUGAGGGGGAGCAAGUUGAGACCCCUGUGGAGAGUAGAGCACCAUCUCAAGAAGAGCAGCACACUCCAGAGGAGAACCAGGAUCUGAAGUUUCUAGAAAUUGUCUCCGAGGACCAAGACUCUGAGGGAAACGACAUCCCUGAAGAGGAGCAUGCAUGUCCUGCAGAGGAUGAGGGUGGGAGGAGGAGGAGGAGGAGGAGGAGAAGGAGCACGAGUGAGGCCCCUUGCCUCGAGUAUGACAAUAACAAUCAGGGCCUGGCGCACAGCUUGACAGGGUUGGACAAUGAGCCCUGCAUCCCCGGGUUGGAAUCCAGGGAGGAGUACAGGGCAGAUCAGGGGAGACUGAGGAGUCUCAUCUCCACAAGCAACAUAGACCUGGAAGAAGAUGAAGAUGAGGAAGGCAGACCCCUGCAGCUGCUUCACUGCGGGUCACUGGCGGUCUGAAUGUGCACUAUAUUGACUGACGCUAAACCACCCAUCCUCCUGAAGCUGAGGAGCCUGGUGCCGGAUUCCCUUUUUCAAUUUUCAGAAAAGAUGUGCAGGUCUGGUCAUGAGCACUGUUGCCUUGUUUCUGGGCGAGCAGGCCAAUGUUGUUAGGCUCCCUUUGCUUUUGGCCUGGCCUGCGGCAUUUCUAUUGUCCUGUGUGACAGAUGGCGGAAACGCAGCCAGUUGCCUUUCAUUUCUUCUUGUUUUUUGUUGUUGUGUUUUCAUCAGUGGCGUUGCAUUCUGCCCCAUCAGAACAGGCCUGAGAUGUCUGCAGCCCGUGGACAAGCAAAACACACACUGGCGUGGUUUCUCCCGUGAGGCAGGCAGGUUGAAGAGCAGUAGGCUGGCAUGCGGCCAUGUCUGACUGAGCAGAUGCCACUGAAGGGUCCCUAUACCUCCAUCCGCUGGAGCCUGCUGCCUUCUGAGAUUCUGGUUACUUAAAUAAGUUGACCUUCCGAAAUCUUGGAAAGAGAAAAGGGGAAUACGAAUCAUGGAAUGGUGCCAUUAUGAUGUUUGUUGUUUUAAGUGCACUGGAGUCCACAUCACAAUACUGAAAACAUCGUGGAGGUGGCUGUAAGGACACCGAAUGUUUAGCAGCCUUCUGUUUGGCCAGUUGAGGUGAAACUUGAUGAAGUUUUAUUCAGUUUUCAGGACAACAGGCACACUGCUAGAAGUUCAAGUCCCAAGUGUGACGACACGGCAGGUGCUCUGAGGUUGCAAUGCCUGGUAGAAACUUCACACUCAUUACAGGAGCUACAAAGCCAGAGGUAGACAAACUCGGUCUCAGAGAGCCACCUGGGCUGUGAAUUUUCAUUCCAGUUGAUCCGAGGAGGUAAACAGUUUGUAAAUCGGAGCACUGAACUGUUUGUUUGGAAAGCAGUGAUGAGUAAAUGGGUUUGGCCCCAUCAUUGUCAUCAUCAUCAUCUCAAAGGGAGUUUUGAUUGUGAAUGAAUCUGGCAGCUAAGCCUGAGACCAAGUUUGCCCACCCUGGUGCUAAGCUACCUCUGAUGCAGCAGCCAUACUGUAUGUCAGUGCAGGCACUUCCAGCUCCAGGGUCUUGGGUUGUGGCGAGUCCCUAAUAUAUUCAUUCUACAUUAAAACCACCACGCAAAGCAUGUUUGCUUAUAUUAAUUUAAAGGAAUAUUUGCCCAAAAUUUAUAUUUUUUAUGUUACCCUUCUGGUUUGUAAUGAUGGUGGAAAAUAAUUUUUACUCUCCUGUUUCCAUGGAGAAUAGAGAUUCCCUGGUUUAUGACAGAAUAGAAGUCAAUGGUGACCAGCAUUGGACAACAGCAAAAAAAAAAUCAAAAUGUCCUCAAUAAAUUCUCGCAUUAUUUGUGCCGCAUAAUCCACGUUUGGUUGUUAAGUCAAAUGCUCACAACGUCCCAAGCACAUUCCUUUUAGAAAACGCUCGGUCACACUCAAACAUUUGAAUUGAAGGCGCACCUCCCCUUUCCACGUUUACACUGCAUUUACAUCCACUAAUGGAGUACCUCUGGGAAAUUGAACAGGUGAAUUGGUGAAGCAUCUGAGAUGUCUACAAGUCUGAGGCAGACUCUCUUCUUGCUUGUCUUUGACAUUUAAUCUUUAGUUAUGAACGUCUCUCUUACUGGGCUGGACUUGUGACCAGUGAUGAGUCCGGUGUUUGGGAAGGUGGGCCUUCAGUUCAAAUACUCGUUCACAUCGGGGUGCCUUGUGUUUUAGUUCAUGAGAGAGACUUUCGGAAAUGAUUUGUUUAGCAGUAGUUUAGUAAAAAUACAUGUGUGUUGGACGUGAGCAGGCGCUGGAUGACUUGACCAUGUGGAUUAUGCAACUCGAGUACCGUGAGAUUUUUUUAAGGACUUUUUAAUAUUGUUUACUUUUGUUCAUGGUUGGUCACCAUAGAGGCAUCGUAUUUCAUCAUAAGCUUUAGCUGUCUUCUCCAUGAAAGCAGGAGAUUAAACAUCCUUGGCCAUCACUGCAAACUACACAGGGUAAGUCAUACACAAUAAAAACUGGGUGGAGUAUUCCUUUAACCUGAAGGCUUCGUGUGCCACAUUACUGCCAGCAUUUAAUUGAAAUGAAAGCUUAAUGUACCACACGGCUGCUGCUAAUCAUGUGGAAUCCUCCAUUACUCAUUUUCUUUUUAAUUUUCUAUCUGCUAAAUCCCUGCUGCUGCUUUUAUUUCAACUUGAAAUCCACACAUCACACUGAUGAUGUUAUCCAUAGCAACAGAUCGCACUCACAAUCCUGAUGAUUUUCUCCUUAAUGGGAGCCCUCGUCGAUCACAUUGUGUGUCAUUUUCAUUCAAACUGAACCCUUCACGUAGUACACUUUAAGCUUACUUUUAUUCUAACCAAACCCCAGCAUACCACAUGUUUGCUGGUCUCCAUUUUAUUUACGACCUGCCUUUAACACAUUUCUUACGCAGGUGAAAACUGUCGUGCCGCAGUGUCGCCUCCCUUCUGUACUACGUGGCUGCUGAUCUUCUUUCUCACUGAACCUUUCCAUUAGCACAGAGUUUUCUGAUUUUCAUAUCCAAACUCUCCCCACGCUACUUUGUGAUUUUCAUUCUGACUAAAGCUCUCACAGCACAGCCAUACUUGUGCCAGUGUUUAUGUGGGUGUGUGCCCUGCAGUAGGCUCAGGCCACGCCCACGACUGCUUUCAGCUCCACAUCAAUUAAUGCUGACAAGGCAUGGAUGGAGCUGCACCAAAGUGCUGCUAAUGUUUAUUCUUACCUGAACCUUUGUGUGCUGCUUAUUUUCAUAUAGAUUUCAGCCUUUCCCUGUUGAUUUUCAUUCUAACAGAAGCCCCUGUGUGCUACACUGCCAUUGAUGUUCAUGUCAGCUGAGACCUGCGUCCUACACUGCUGUUGCUACACUUCCAUCCUGUUAUAGUUUGCCAAUAAAAGAACAAACUAAGAUGAAUGGAGGUGACCAGGAGAAGAAAUAUCACAAAAAACAAAGCAAAAGAUUAAUCCAGAGAAUCUAUCUGAUUAUCAGAGUCAAUUCACAAACAAAGAAAUUAAAAUCAAAGCCAAAAAAAAAGGAUUUAAUAAACACUGUGAAAGAGCACAGCAUCAGGAAUACAGAGAAGGGUAAUGACUUGAUGUCACCAGCGACCUUUUAACUUGUCAUGUCCGAGAUGCACCCUGGCCACCUGAGAGUGCAUUUAGAUACCAUCUAGACUAAUUAAAGGUGGCACCCAAACAAAUUGAGAUGUCAUCAAAAAAAUUCAUAACUUAUUUGAAAGCAACAUUUUAGAAAGGAAGAAAUUCAUUCUGUGACCCAAAAAAACAUAUUAAAUGUCUGUAAAAUAAAUAACACGAAUAACAGUACGACCACUCCGAGACCCUCACACUCCAUACUCGCCCUGUUUGUUAUGUAAUACAGACCCUCGCACGUCACUACCGCUCGUGAGUGCACUAAAGGCAGUUUUCACCUAAAUUUCCGGCUUUGUGUAUCGCACCCCACAACGGUGCCCAUUGCUGCUAAGUGUGCCUCAUAAUUGUGUCCACAUUGCUGCUCAUAUUCACAUUUUUGGAACUUUCCUUUACCUUGCAUGUCCCAUUCUCGUCAUAUAUUCAUUAGGCAGUCUCCUUCUUUUAUUUCUGGUAUCCUUGGACAUUUUGUAGUCUUAUAUAUGUAGGAAGACUUGGUGCAAGGAUGAAAAUGUCUCUGCUUGUGGGUUUCCUUUUCUCACGUUAAUCUCAGCGUAUCCCUUGCGUCCCCUCCUGUAGCGGAGAGAAAUCGCCCGAAGCAGACAUUCCCGCUACUGUGAAGUGCCGUCAUCUUUUGUUUUAUAUCCAUUUAAAAGCACACCAGUGGGCUCUUGCCGUCUGUCCAUUUGUGACCCCUUACGGCCAGAUUCGAUCAUUGACCUCAGUAUUUGUCUUGUUUUUUUUUUUUGCCUCUAUUAUAACGGGUGCUUACAAAACCUGAGGAUUUAGAAAAACCUGAAGCCUUUUGAAAAUAAGCGUCACCGCCAGAUGGCAGCAUCUCCGGCGCAGGUCGUCACAGCAUCUCACACCCAGCCUCUUUUAUGCGCUCAGAGUACAGUAAUCCAAUUUUUAUUUUACAACUUGAGGACCAUUCCAGUGUACAAUGAUAAUAAACGACCUAAACAACUGUCCGAAAAUGGUCGCAUGGGUGUUGCUAGCAUUCAGGUGCCUAGACAUUGAGCGUUGUGUGUCCGGCAGAGGGCAGACCUGCUCCAUGAUAUAGAACUCGGUGCCCCCAACAGAAACGCGUUGUGACCAGCAGAGGGCGGGCUUCUCAAAGCAGGUCUUACGUCACAAGUACCGCCCAUCCCUCGGACUGCUAAUACAGAUUUGCACCCGAGCGCGCCUGCCUUUUUUUUAAACAUAUAAAGCUCGCUCUUUUUUGGUUUAUUGCGGUUGCUGAUGCCACCUGCGUGUCGGCACAGUUCGGCCUGGUGUUUCCUUCUCUCCCUUAGAACUUAAAAGCAAUGGGGUGUCCGCUCGUGCAUGUCCUUUAGAAUUUCCGUCUGUUUGCAGCCAGCCCACCAGCCCCAACAAUACCUCACGUUACACACCGCACUGUGUCUUCAUUUGCACUGCACCAAAUCCAUUAAACAAGACACCUAAUCUGGAGUACUAAACCAACAAUAAAUAAACGAUCCACUUUUCUAUUGCUA